AUGGCCCAAUUACAAGUGACUGUUGUCGAAGGAAGAAAUUUAAAAAAGAAAGAUUUAUUUAGUGAAAGUGAUCCAUUUGUUCAAAUAUAUCUUGAUGAUAAAAAACAAAAACAAAAAACAAAAGUUAUAUCAAAUACAAAAAAUCCAUAUUGGAAUGAAAUAUUUGUUUUUAAUCAUUUAAAAGGACAAGAUAUUCUUCAUAUUGAUGUUUAUGACAAAGAUUUAAUAAUAAAUGAUAAAAUUGGUUCAUUAAAAAUCAAUUUAGAAGAUUUAUAUAAUAAAUGUCAUAUUGAUAAUUGGUAUAAUAUUUUAUCUAAAUUUGGUAUAUCAUCUAAUGGUCAAAUUCAUCUUAUACUUGAUUAUCAAAAACUAAAACUUUAA